CUCCUGUUCCUACGCUACGCCACCUACCUACCUACUGGGUAGCUAGCUCGCUGGUGCAGUUUGAUCGGAAAGCAAGCUGUCAAACCUGGGAUGAAACGUCGCCAGCGGGAGGGCUUGGCGAACUCCUUUCUCUCGAGCCUCCUCCUUCUCCUCCUUCUCCUCCUCCAUAUCUUGCCUCUCGUUGGCUUGCUCCCUUUCUUCUGUGCGUCCGGAUCCAUCCCGAGCGGGUGAACCGUCUGCAUCCCCAUACUUUGCACCAAGAUGGCGGUUAAGGACACGCACGCAUGGUCGAAGCCGCAAUGUCUAAAUUUCAGACUGUCAACGAUGCACCCUGCGCCGUUUCUUGGCAAUCAGGAACCUCUGGUGAAUCGAAAACGGGCCCCUGGGUAUUCCAAAAAACAGCAAGAGUUCUGGAUCGUUGGGUUCGCAAGAUAUGCCGGAUCUCUGCUGGGUCAUCGGUUACGAUGGCCACAAGGGGACAACGGUGCGGUAAUAACGUAUACCAGACGCCCCUGUUCGUACGAGCUUGGACUGUCUGUCAGCCGCAAGGGAGGUCGAAAUCGUUACAUGCCUUCCUUGCAUUCGUUCUCCUCUGGUUCUCGGCGCAACGCUGCCCGUUUAGGGAAUUUCUUUUUUGGGACCGGAGGGAGUGGCCUUCCUCGAUGGUCUGGCAAGAUGCUUGUUCAAUUAAACUUGGCCGCGGGUUGCGUACCGUAGCUGCGCCAUUCCGUCCGUCUCGAUCCCGUUCGUCCCUGUGCCUUCACACAGUCAAUGCCGGGAGCUAGGAGUCCCUGGCAAAGAACAUGGUGGCCCGAGGGUCGAGGGUCGAGGGAUGGUGUUUCAACUAGUGCAUCGAAUUGCCAAGGCCAUCCGUCUCGUGGAAGAAAUUAGCGUAGUCGGGUGAUGAU